CUAUAAUUUUAGAAAGAAACACAAUGUUGACAGAAUAGUACCCAAAAUUACAAAUUGGAAAAGCAAAGUUCCCGAGUUAUGCUGGUAGGGUAUAAUUGGUCUCUUCUGUCUUAUUUAGUUUGACUCAAUACUUGAUUUUGAUGUCAGUAUUUUUAUUACCUAAAUCAGUGGUAAGUGAGGUGGAAAAGCUCUGCAGCAAUUUCUUAUGGGGAUUGGAGCUGGGAGGUGAGUAAGCAAAAAGUCUUUAAUUUGUUUAGAGCUAGAAUACGAAUAAGGAGAAUGGAUGAGAUGUAAUAGAGCAAGUUCUUAUUAUUGGUAAUCUUUAAUUUGAUGAAUUGGAAUGUUGUUUGUGACAAUAAAUACUCUAGUUGUUUAAGGCUAAAGUGAUCAAAGUUUGUAGAAAUCUAAUGGGUGGUUAGGAGUUCAGAAUUCUAGAGAAUCUAUUUACAUUGUGGUGUGAAGAAUUCUAGUGGAUACAUCAUACAAGCUUCUAGCAAAUUUUGGGACGGGUUAGCAUGCUAACUCCUUAAAGGGUUGGUUUUUUGACACCCCCUUUUAAUUGGUCAAUUUUUCAUUAAUUAUUGACAAGUAUUAAUGAAAGUAAACAUAAUAAAUGUUAUGUUAUUAAAUACAAAGUAAGCAUUAAAUACACCACAUUAAUUACCACUUUACUGGUAUUUGUACCACUGUACUGAUACUCAGAUAUGACAUUGCUACCAGUGCACUGAUAUCGCUACCAGUGCAGUGGUAUAUCUACCAGUACAGUGAUACAACGUAUCAGUGCAGUGGUAUAUCUACCAGUACAGUGGUACACCGUAUCAGUGCAGUGGUAUAUUUUUGGAGGUGGUCGGAGGGAGUCUGCCGAUGGGAUUUUCACCGGAGAAGUGUGGCGGUCGGAGGAAGUCUGGUGGUCGGAGACUGCUGAAAAGGGAAAAAUCAAAUAUAGUGAGAGAAUUCCUAAUGUGUAUUUAAUGUGUGUAUUUAAUUCCUAAUGUGUAUUUAAUAGUGAGAGAAUUCCUAAUUAAUAUGGUACAUUUAAUUCCUAAUGUGUAUUUAAUGUGUAUUAAAUUCUAUAGUUGUAUUUAAUAUACUAAGGGGUGUCAUUUUCCAACCCCUAAGGGGGGUUAGCAUGCUAACUGACCACGCAAACCUUGCCAAACAAGCUGUCACAUGUAACACGAACACAUGCCGUUACUGAGAAGCUUCCAUCGACCUCGCGGCAAAAGUAGUUGAACCAUCUUCAAUCUAGGACUGGAAGUUUGGUAUCGGUAUUUGGGAUAUACCGAAUAUCGUACCGAAUUUGUAUAUAUUUUGUAUUAGUGAAUACACGUAUUAUUUCUUGGGAUUGAGAUUGUGAUUGAAUUCCGAUUGUUAUUCGGUAUUAGGGAUUACGGGAUUGAGAUCGGUAUAUACCACAAUUCCGAUCAAUACCAAAAUAUAAGCUAGUGUGUAUUUUAUCCUCUCAAUUAGAAUCUCUCAUUCACUUCUACACGACCCUCAACCACCAAGAGUCUCAUUUAAUUACACAUAGAUCAUUCCAUCACUAUUUCGCAACUUAGAAAUCCCCAUACAACUCAAAAUUGAUUUUUCCAAUUUAAGUCACUCCCGCCAGACCAUACGAAUUGCACCUUGACUCCAGCACAGUCUUCUACCAAAAUUCUUGGCAGGUGGUCGGGAAAGCCCUUUGUGAGAUGGCUCUUAAUUUCUUCUCCACGGGGGCCCUGCCAGAGGAAGUGGUGGAAUCGACCGUGGUCCUCAUUCCUAAGGUGGAUCAUCCGGAGAUGGUGUCUCAGUUACGUCCGAUCUCGCUAAACAAUGUGUGUCUGAAGGCUAUCACCAAGGCUAUCACUAACCGGCUCAAGCCCAUCAUGAGGAAACUGGUGUCUCCGAGACAGAGUAGCUUUAUCCCAGGGCGGCAAACUACGGAUAAUAUUAUUGUUUUGCAGGAGGUGCUCCAUUCUCUCAGGAAAAAGAAGGGCAAGAGAGGGGGGCUCGUGCUAAAGAUCGAUCUUGAGAAGGCCUAUGAUCGCUUGAGAUGGGACUUCCUUCGAGAUACCCUCAAGGAGGUUGGACUACCCAGCACUUGGAUCAACUGCAUUAUGUUCUGCGUAGAACAUAACAGAAUGAGGUUGCUGUGGAAUGGUGAUCUGUCUGCCCCGAUCACGCCAACCAGGGGGAUUCGCCAGGGAGAUCCUCUUUCACCCUAUCUUUUUGUUCUUUGCAUGGAGCGUUUGUCCCACAGGAUUGAUAAGGCUAUUGAGGACAAACUUUGGAAACCCCUGAGGUUGUCCAAAGAGGGCCCUACGAUAUCUCACCUAUUUUUUGCGGAUGAUCUUAUUCUUUUUGCAGAAGCAGGAGGGUCCCAGGUUCGGAUCAUCAAGCAAUGCUUGGACGAGUUCUGCCACAGCUCGGGGCAGAGAGUGAACUAUAAUAAAUCCGCUAUGUUUGUCUCAGCCAAUGUAGACAGAAGGCAAGCCCGUCGCCUGUCUCACAGAGUGGAUAUUCCCCUUACAGUGGAUCUGGGCCGGUACCUGGGAGUCAUGGCUAUUCAUGGGAGGGUGACUAAAGCUCGGUAUCGAGAUCUGGUGCUGCGAAUCCAAAGGAAGCUUGCUCCAUGGAAAUCCAGACACCUCUCACUUGCAGCCCGUAUCACGGUGGUGAAAUCCAUUACCUCUUCUAUUCCCAUUUAUCCCAUGCACACAGAACUGCUUCCUGUGAAUAUUUGCAGGACUCUGGAUCGGAUCAACCGGGGGUUCAUCUGGGGAGACACGGACAGCCAGAAGAAGCUUCAUCUGGUUGGGUGGCCGCAGUUGGUUUUACCCAAAAGUAGUGGAGGACUUGGUAUUCGGUCGACUAGAGAAGUGAACAUCUCCAUGUUGGCCAAGAGUGGAUGGCGCUUACUCCAGGAGGAAGAUAGCUUGUGGGUGCAGAUGGUCAGAGCGAAAUAUGGAGGAAACAGGCAACAUCUGGAUAUGCUUAAACCUAUUCAGGGAAGUUCCUUUACCUGGGCCAGCUUUACUAAAGCAGCCAACCUGCUUAGGCAGGGAUGUGCCUGGAAUGUUCAUUCAGGAAGACAAACUAAGUUUUGGGCUGAUCCUUGGAUUUUGCAGGGACCGCUCUACGAGGUUGCUACUGGGCCGAUCACGGAGGAAGAUCGGCAGCUCAUGGUCGCUAACUUUGUGGAUGAGGAGGGGAAUUGGCUGAUUGAGAAGUUCGAGUCAUUACUCUCUCCGGAGAUCACUCAGAAGAUCCUGGCUCAGGCUGUUGACCCGCUGGCGAUGGAGGCGGAUAAGAUUUUUUGGAGACCAACAGCAGAUGGCCGUUUCUCAACCAAGAGCGCCUAUGUGUUGCAGCAAGGAACUCCGGACUCCGAGGGGCAACAGUGGUGGAAAGCGAUUUGGCGCCUCCCGGUGCCGGAACGGGUUAGAUGUUUCAUGUGGCUGGUUAAGCAGGGAAGGGUGACCACGAAUGAGAUGAGGGUGAGAAGGCACCUAAGUGAUGAUGGUUUCUGCUACAAGUGUGCCAACCAGGAGGAGAGUUUAGAGCACAUCUUCCGAAACUGUCCCCCAGCAGCCUUCCUAUGGCAUCGCACAGUCCCAGGAGGAGCACAGCAGGAGUUUUUUAGCCUUUCUUGGGGUACUUGGUUGCAUCGGAAUCUCGCCUCCAAGGAGGCUACUAUGGACGGAGUUCCCUGGAAUGCGUUCUUUAGCAUUGCUCUCUGGUGCUUGUGGAAGAACAGAAAUGAUGUGGUCUUCAAAGGUGAGAACAAGGCUCUAUCUGCCUCCUCUCUGACGCAAUCUAUCAAGAUCAGAGCUUCCGUGUGGACUCAGGCCUGGAAUGCCCCCUCCCCUUUGGUGGGAAGAUUCAAGCCGGCCCAGGAUCGUGUGAUGACAGAGGUCGGUUGGAAGGCCCCCCCGGCGGGGUGGGCUAAAAUUAAUGUGGAUGGAGCAGCCAAGGGAGAACAAGGCCUAGCAGGGGCAGGUGGUGUUAUUCGAGAUGACAGUGGUAGUUGGGUGAGAGGCUUUGUGUCGAGACUGGGAUCGUGCUCGGCUGCUUUGGCGGAACUGUGGGCGAUUUACCAUGGGUUGAAGCUUGGAUGGAAUUUUGGAUACAGAGCACUCAUCAUUGAAACAGAUUCGCAACUAGCGACCCAGUUGGUGAAGAACAGAAUGGAUCCUUUGCACCCGUAUGCAGCUUUGCUCACCGCGAUCCGGAGGAAGAUCUCCCAGGACUGGGUGGUGAGUCUGGUACAUGUAUACAGGGAAGGGAAUAGAGUCGCGGACUGGCUCUCGAAGCACAGUCUCGUCUAUCCCUUCGGUAUGCAUGAAUUAGAUUCACCGCCACCAGAGCUUCUCCCUCUUCUUCAGGAUGAUCAACGGGGAAGUACAAUUCUGAGGAACAUUGUGGUGAACUCUACAGCCCCCUCCCUGUAACCCCUCUGUUUCUGCUUGUUCCCUCUUUUCUUUCUUCUUCGGCCGUGAGCCUCCUUGUAUGCAAAAAAAAAAGACUCCAGCACAGUCUCAUAAAACUACGGCCCAACU